AAAAUAGUAAUAAUAAUAAAAUCAUAGAAACAUAAAAAUUAAAUCAUUUAUCUUUAUUUAAUCUUAAAGUUAAAUUAAAUUUUUUAAAUUAUUUAUUUAUUUAUUUAUUUAUUCAAAAAUUUAUUAAAAUUAUAUUAAAAUUAAAAGAAUUUUCUUUUUUUUUGUUAGCAUAUAUAUAAAUUUAUAAAAUGUCAAAUCCUUUUGAUAAAAACGAAUCAACUUUAACUUCAACAGAAGUACCUAAAGAUCAAAAUGGUUUAACUAAUUCAGUUUUACAAAGUACCCUCUUAAAAAGAGUUGGUGGUACACCAGUGGAAGAAAGAUUAAAGAAGUUCCCAGGUGAAGUAGAUAAAAUCAGUAAUGAAAGUGGUUCACAUUGUGGUGCUUCUCCAUUUGAUCUUACAAAACAAGAUCAUAGCAAUAUAAAAUCAGCAAAUAAUUUACAACAGUUACAUAACCCAUCCAUAGGAAACACAAAUGGUGUAAACCAAUCGAUAUCACUUUCUUCAAAUCAACAAAGGAGCAUUUCAUUAGAAAAGAUUUACAACACCAACCAAAAUAACCAAAGACAUGAUGAUGAAAAUUUCGUUUCAGUUCCUUUCAGCCCACCAAUGCAAGCUUUUUCAUUGGAAAGAACAACAUCAAAUUCGGAACUACCCUAUAUGAACCCAGAUGGGGGUAUCAUUACAAAUGCCAAUACAAAUAGAGCACUAGGAACAAGUGUUGGUAUUUCAAAUUCGACGGAUCCUCUUUUAAACCCAGGUAUUGAUAGAAGCUAUUAUAAUAUGAAUUCUAGAAUUGGCUCCAAUAUUCCCCUUGAUAAUGCAAACAAUGAUAGCGAUACUCGUGUCACCACAGCUGUUCGUAGCUCACCACAACUUGAAAAUGUAGAAGAUGAGGAAGAUGACGGUCCAAUGGUUAAUAUAAAUAUAAAUCCUGGUCCAUUUGCCGAGCCUAAUGGUGCAGAAGUACCGGCUGUAGUAAGAAGAAGAAGAAAUGGUGAUACUAUUGGUAUUACAGUAAUGGUGGCUGUAAUUUUAAUUAUUAUAGGUGGUUGUAUUGCAUUUUUAUUCAUUUAAACUUUAAAAUAUUAAAUAUAAAAAAUAAAAAAAUAAAAAAAUAUAAAAAAACCCAAUUAUUUAAUUAAUU